UGUGGGUGCAAGAGCUGCGGGCGAUCGUUCUGCUCCGGCUGCCUCGGCUUCUGCCGCGUCGGGGCUUUUUUUCCCCGCUGCGGGAGCGCUCAGCAGAAGGUGUGCAAGCAGUGUCACGGGAAACUGACUGGAGAGGGAUCUCAAAGCAGUUCAGCAAAAUGGUCGCCACCAGAAAACUACAAAAAGCGUGUAGCAGCUUUUGAGGCUAAGCAAAACCAGCUGAAAGAACAACAGAAGGCAGCUGCAAAGCCCCCGGAUCAAGCAGGCUCCAGAUACCAAGGGCUCUCAAAAGAGGAUAGAGCUAUUGCAGAGAGACUGGAGAGGCUCAGGGAGGAAAGGAAACCAAAGUCCAUCCCUACUCAGGCUGAGAUCGAAGCCAGGCUCGCUGCCCUGAAGGAGGACUGCCAGCGACCUGUUCCAUCCACAAAGGAAAUGGAGGAGCGCUUGGCUGUUCUGCAGGGGAGAGAUCCUCUUUCCCAGGCUCCCAGACCUGUACACCAACCUCCUGACACCAGAAGUCUGGUCCAGCAGACAGACGACCUGUUAACUCAGCUGUCUGAAGAAGUUGCUAUUGAUGAGCGUUACAGACCAAGGAUCCAACCUCAGGCUGUCAGUGGCCAAAGUUUGAACGAUCUCAAUCGGGAAAGUGAAGAUUGUGUUUGCCCUGCAAAUCUAGACCCGAAACAGCUAGAGGAAGAGAAGAAUAAACUUCUGGCAGAAGCUGCUGCUGAGCUGCGGGAGGAGAACACUAGGAAGGAAAAGAUCCUACAAGUUGCCAAGAGGCUGGCAGUGCUCAAAGGCGAGGACCCAGAGAAAGUUACCCUGGAAACCUAUAAACUCCCUGACAGUGAUGAGGAAGUGGCUGAGGAGGAAGCCAUUCGCAGAGUGCUGAAACAGCUCACAGAGGAAGCAGCCCUGGAUGAAGCGAGUGGGUUCAACAUUCCUCCACAUCAGACCACCCAACCAGGACCCCUGCAACAGAACCUGCAUAAGAAAGCAAAGCAAAAGAGCCAGACUCCAACCCCUACAGCUCUUGCCAGGGCAGACAGCAGUGAUGAAGAUGAGUUACCCUGGUGCUGUAUCUGCAACGAAGAUGCCACUUUGCGCUGUCAUGGCUGCGAUGGGGACCUCUAUUGCCAGCGCUGUUUUCGGGAAGGCCACGAUGAGUUCGAUCUGAAGGACCAUCACACCUCCCGCUAUCAUCUUCCUUGCAAAUAGAAGCGAUCGCACUUCCUGGGCAGAAAAGGAGGCAGAGAACAGGAAGAGAGGGGAAUCGGACAGAUGAGAAGAGUCCAAGUGGAUUUGCAACCAAAAUGGGUGAUGUUUUGGACAUUUUAAGGGUGUGCUGUAAUCUGAGAGAGGCUUAACUUUGUCCUCACAAAUGCAACCAGAGAAGUGCAGGGUUUCCUGUGCAUGCUUGGAGAUAAAUGAGGACUUGAUAUGAGGAGGUGGAUACGAGUCUAUAAAUACAGACGGUAAGGCGAUGUGGGGAGCAGUUAAGGUGUGUGUUCAAGGCAGGAUUGACUGGCUG